AUGCCUCGCUAUAUCCUCUUCAUCAAGUCGGAUCCGCACCAUGCCGAGUCGGAUAAUCACGAGCCAUCCACGGAUAAUAUGCAUUCGUUUGUCCGCUUCAACGAGGAAAUGGCUCAGGCAGGCGUCCUCCUCGACGCCGAGGGCUUCAAGCCGACCGCCGACAGCUAUCGUAUCAAGUACGACUCUAGCGCCGGUCACGAGGUGGUGAAAGGCCCAUUCGAUGUCUCCAAAGAGGACCACGUGGGUGGCUACUGGCUCAUUCAUACCAAGACGUCCGACGAGGCGUUAAAGUGGGCCAAGAAGGUGCCCUUGCACGACGGUGAAGUUAUCAUGCGCACAGUUGGAUAUGGCCAUCACGAGCUCAGCACGCACACCAAGGAGCUGAAAGAUCGGGAGCAUAAGCUGAGGGCUCAGAUGGAGAUGAAUAGGAAGGCGGUGGACGUGUGA